CGCUAGACAUCAUGUGAAAUUUUGUCAACAAACGGUACUUGUAAUCAUUGACUGAUUUUUUUGUUUUCGUCUUUUUAUUGCCCAGAUGCUGACUUUCAAUAACAUUGGAUCCUGUUCAUGAUGUCUGAUUUACGAAAGAAUCUCCAGAUGAAAGGAAUCUCUGGCAAGCUGCCUCCUAUGGCACCCAAGGGAGUGCCUUCUGGGUCAAUGGGUUUGUCUCUUGGACAUCCAAGAAAAAGGGAUUUCUCACAGCUUCCUUGGAGUAACUACUUUGACUCGAGCCAAGACGUUGUGGUGGACAAGGACGUCUUCCGUGUUUACAGACGAGGUACUGAGGGUCCAGUGGUUCUCUACCUUCAUGGAGGAGGCUUAUCAGCGCUGUCUUGGUCUGUGCUUUCAUCUGUUGUCACAAGUCGAGUCAAGUGUCAGUGUAUAGCAUUAGAUUUCAGAGGUCACGGCGAUACAGUAACAACCAAUGAGGAGGAUUUAUCUGCACCGACCCUAGCAAGUGAUGUAGGUAACGUCGUCACAGCGCUGUUUGGUGAGGAGCGAGUGCCACCGAUUGUAGUAGUUGGCCACAGUAUGGGCGGGGCUAUUGCGAUACAUGCUGCUGUACAGUUCCUGAUUCCAUCAUUGGCUGGUCUUGUAGUCAUUGACGUAGUGGAGGGUACAGCACUUGAGUCACUUCAAAGUAUGCAGAGCUUUCUACGAGGCAGACCAAAGCAGUUCAAAUCAUUGGAGUAUGCUAUCGAAUGGGCGGUGAAGAGCGGACAGAUUAAGAACCUUGAGUCUGCAAGAGUCUCCAUGGUUGGACAACUGAAAAGAUGCACCGAUGGAUAUAAGCCUAGAACUGAUGAGGUACCCAGCUGUUCCUCCAGUGAAGCAAUAAUAGAAGAAGACGAGGAACAAGAUGAUUUAAAAGAAGAAAACACACCCCAACAGAGUACCUCAUCACCUGACUCCACGCCUUACACGUGGAGAGUGGAUUUGACAAGAUCAGAAAGCUAUUGGAAAGGAUGGUUUGAAGGAAUGUCAAAUUUGUUCUUAUCCGUUUCUGCACCAAAGAUGCUUCUAAUUGCAGGUGUUGAUAGAUUAGAUAGAGAUUUGACGGUGGGUCAGAUGCAAGGUAAAUUCUGGAUGCAAGUUUUACCUCAGUGUGGACACUGUGUACAUGAAGAUCAACCACAAAAGGUAGCUGACAUUCUUGCAGGUUUCCUGACUAGGAACAAAUUAACAGAAACAAUAGAUGAUUUUGAGAGAACUUCUCCGUCUUGCUGACAGAAAAUUUGUAAUUCUCACAAAUGUUACAGUCAGUUGAAUCUACGAUCAAAUGCAAAUUGUUAUUUACCCAAAGGGAUCUGUGUUGAAGUGUGAACCAGAGAACAAAAUAGAGACUUGAAACACUAUGUUGACCUACACACACCACACAGUAUUUUGUUGACAGUAUUGAAGAGUAUGAUUUUUCUUGUUCCUAAGACCAAGUGCUCCAUUGUUAGUUCAGUUAUAUACAUGUAAACUCUAUGUGUCGGACUAAAAGAAGUACGUUUACUUAAAAAGAAAGUAUUUAAUCUUCAUAAUAAAUGGUUGAGGAUAUUUGAAGAAAACUAUCUGGAACUUUCACAAUGAGAUCAUUUUCAGGACUGAGAAUAUUAAGAUGUUAUGAGCUGAACAGUACUAUAUAAUAGUGUGUGUAGGCAAGAGAGAAGGUAACAUUUGAGAAUCUGGAGUGAGAUUUGGGCCCCAAGUUCAUGGCUUUUGCAGCACCAUGGAACAUGUGGAAGUAGGCUCUGUUUGGUUGCAUGCAUCAAUAAUGUAGGUUGAGAUCAACAAGUUUUUAACCAAUAAAAUGCAUAGUACAUACAUGUAGUUGUAUUUUAGAAGCUCAAGUUUGUUUCUGUUUUCCAGUUUUCAAUUUACAUCAAGCCAAAUAAGGCCUGGAAUUACACACAGGCGUGUUGUGGCUGAGUGAUUAAAGACAGUGGAC